UAUUUGCAGAUAGCAAAUGCCUGCCUCCCCUAGUGGGAUGGUUCUGCAUGACAGGGAGGGUAUGGUUCUGUAACCCCCUCUCUGUUCUCCAGUUCCCAUCCCAUAAACCCAGUGGACCACAGCCAUAGUGUUCCCUUCAAUGAACCUCCCUCUGGAGCCCUAGAUCAAGAUACAUUGGGUGUCCAUUCUCUGCUGCCUCCCCCCGGUGGGAUGGUUCUGCAUGAUAGGGAGGGUGUGGCGCCGUAGCCCCCUCUCCUUGAGAUCUCUCUCACCCCAUAAACCCAGUGGACCACAGCCAUAGUGUUCCCCUCAAUGAGCAUCCCUCUGGAGCCUUAGAUCACGUGUGCAUAUGCUGAAAAUGAGUGCUGCCGGGGAGAAUGCCCUUGACCCCAACACCCCAGAGUCACGGAAGAGGAAGGGCUCUCCAUGUGAUACCUCUGGUCCCAGUGUGGAGAAGCGACGGCGUGAGCUGGAAUGCCGCUACAUUGAUGAACUGGCUGAGUUACUUUCGGCCAACAUGUGCGACAUUGCCAGCUUGAACGUGAAGCCGGACAAAUGCCACAUCUUAAAGAGCACCGUGGACCAGAUCCAGCAGAUCAAACGGCGCGAGCAGGAAAAAGCAGCUCUGAUGUCUCCAGAUGAUGAGGUGCAAAAGAGUGACAUAUCGUCCAGCAGUCAGGGCAUGGUGGAGAAGGAAGCCCUUGGGCCACUUCUCUUGGAGGCCCUGGAUGGCUUCUUUUUCGUCGUGAACCGCGAGGGGCGCGUUGUGUUUGUGUCUGAGAACGUCACCGGUUAUCUGGGUUAUACCCAGGAAGAGCUGAUGACCUCCAGCGUCUACAGCAUUCUUCAUGUGGGUGAUCACAACGAGUUUGUGCGCAACCUGCUACCAAAGAGCCUUGUAAACGGUGUGCCAUGGCCUCAGGAGCAAGGCCGAAGGAACAGCCACACGUUUAACUGCAGGUUGCUGAAAAGGCCUCCAGACGAGGUGGACGCAGAGAACCAGGAGGCCCGUCAGCAGUAUGAGCUCAUGCAGUGCUUCACAGUCUCUCAGCCCAGGACGGUGCAGGAGGAGGGCGAGGACCUGCAGAGCUGUUUAAUCUGUAUAGCAUGCCGAAUGCCCCGUCCACCUCAGAUCCCUGUCAGUACAGAGUCCUUCAUCACCAAGCAGGACCCUACAGGGAAAAUCAUCUCUAUUGAGACGAGUGCUCUGAGGGCCACAGGCCGACCAGGUUGGGAGGACCUGGUCAGGAAGUGCAUCUACGCAUUCUUCCAGCCUCAGGGCAAUGAGCCCUCCCAUGCCAAGAAGCUGCUUCACGAGGUGAUGACCCAUGGCACGGCCAUCAGUCCUCUGUACCAUUUCACACUCAGUGAUGGGACUUCCCUCAGUGCGCAGACGCGCUGCAAAUUCUGCUGCCCCCCAAACCCAGACGUACAGCCCUUCAUCAUGGGCAUUCACACUAUAGACAGGGAACACAACACUGCUAGCUCUCAGGAAAACACUACCCCCAGCCUUCCGUCUCCUGCUGCCCCACCUUCCUGCUCACCUGCCCUGCAGCCCUCCAGUGACCUCAGCCUCCAUCUCAACAACAGCAAUGGCACCUGUGCCACUCCUGGACCCCCCACACCCACUCCACCAGGCUACCUGACGCCCAGCCGCGUUGGGCCCUCCCAGCAGGUCAGCAGCCCCUCUCCACUUGGCAGCCCUCUCACAGCCACCCCUACCUCAUUCAUGUCGCCCCGACCUCCUCGGGGCAGCCCGGGCCUGGCCAGCAGCCCACGUGUGCCCGGCUAUCCUUUUUCCCCCACGGCGCCCGGCAUCCACUCGCCCGCUGGCGGACUGACCAGGCAGCAGUCUUGCGGCGACAGUGUCAGUUUCUCUCUCCCCUCUCCCUUACCCCCCAGACAGACUCCGACCCCCAGCAGCUCCCCGGCACGUCAGCCUCCGGCCAAACCGCCGGAAGCGUCCGCUGAUGAGCCUAAGGCCACUGCGGUGGGCAACCCCAAACUUAACCAGCUCUUGGACAGUGCCCCCGAACACGACUCCCAACCCCGUCCCGCGACCAUGGCCCAGUGUCCGGCUUCUCACAGCAGUCUGACUGAGCGGCAUAAGAUUCUGCACCGCCUGCUCCAGGACAGUAGUCCUGCAGAUGCGGGAAAGGAGCCUGACAUCAAGAAGGAGCCUCCGACCAGUCCUAAUGCAGCCUUGGUAGCACGGGGACAUGGAAAGGAGCCCCAGGACCACCAGCUGCUACGCUUCCUGUUGGAUACGGAUGAAAAGGACCUGGAGGACUUGCCUCCUCCGGCUGCCCUUAGCCUCAGUACAGUCAAGGUGAAGGCAGAGAAAAAAGGGAGCAGAGAGAAUGUGCCCUGUGCUGCUGCUGCCCCCACCACCACCGUUUCUACAGUCCCUUGCUCGCCUCAAUCCAGUGACAAGCCCAGCCCGCAGUUUCCCAGUACCGAUCUGGACACUUUGAACCAGCUCUUGCCCACUUUGAGAAGCUCUGUGGGGGGUAAAGCAGUAGAGGAGCCAGUGCUUGUCCAGCCCAUUGAGGACAACCUUUCCAUCGAGUUGAAUGUGAAGAGAGAGUCACCAGGAACAUCAAGCCAAGCAUUCCCUGAUGGAUCAAACCUCUCAAAUCAGUCCUCUUUUGAGUUCUGUGACCCUUCCACACCAAACCAGGGUCAGGUCCAGGUGGCGGAUCUUGGGCAGACAGACCCGUUUCAGCCACCCAAGGAGAGCAGCAGCCCCUUUGCCAAUCCAACAAGCCUCAACUCUUUCAACACCAACACAGCACUGGCCAAACUGGAGCUUCCUGAGUCUCAGCAGUUCCAGCCCUUGUCCCUGGUUGAACCAAUGGCUUUCGAUAGCAGCUUGGGUAACCAGACACAGGCCCCUCUGUCCUCUCCUCAAGAUAGGCAGUGUGUUCCGUGUCCGCUGGAUAAGAUGUUGUGUCCGCCCACCACUCCCGAGGGCUGUAACGACGAGAAGGUCCUGCUGGAGCAGCUGGUCACUUUCUUGAGCCGCACCGACGAGAGUGAGUUGGCCGAGCUGGACAGAGCGUUGGGCAUCGACAAGAUUGUUCAGAGUGGAUGCCUUGAACCUGUCACCCAGAACUUCCCUCAGUCUCAACCUCCAACACCUGUACCCAUGGACCCCAAGUUGCCCAGUUACCCCUCUCAGUUCCCCACCUCACCCUCACAAUUUCCUGCUGAGAUGGGCACAGCACAGGGCAUGAGUUUCGGGGCCCCACGGAUGGCGUUUCCAGGUAACGUGGGCAUGGCGGUCCGGCCCGGGAUGAAUCGAGCUCCUGGUGUGCCCAACCAGCUGCGGCUACCUCCCAACCAGCUGAGACUCCAGCUCCAACAACGUUUGCAAGGCCCGCAGCAGCUCCAGAACAGGCUUGCGGCCAUGGGCCAGUUCCCUCAAGGGGGGCAUGUUGCCAUGGGGAUGCGUCAGGGCAUGCAGCAGCCUCAGAUGCCCUCUCAGCCUCCACUAAACGCUCAGAUGAUGGCUCAGCGGCAACGGGAGCUUUAUAGUUUCCAGCACCGCCAGCGGCAGCUUCUGCAGCAGAAGGUCAUGCUGAUGAGGCAGGGGAUGAACACAGGACCUCUGGGGGCUCAGCGAGUUCCUAAGGGCACCCAGCAGCAACAGCCACCACCACAGCAGCAGCAGCAGUUCGGCUUUCCUCCAGGCUACAACGUCGUGCCUGGAAACACCCCUACCUCCCCAAGCCAUUUUAACCCCAUGGUAGGACCUCUGGACCCCAAGCUGCCUGCCAGGGGGGGCAUGGGAAACCAAGGCAUUAUGGGAGGCAUUCAAGGGCAGUUUGGGGGGCCAGUGAACACUCCUGUUCAGCAGGGGCUUUUCCAGCAAUUUGGGGGGUCUGGCAUGAUCCAGCAAGCAGAUCCAUCCUUUGCUCCUGAGCUUAGUCCGACCAGCCCCCUACUUUCACCGCAGAACUCCACCUCCCAGAAUCCUCUGCUCCAGCAAGCGCAGCCUCCACCUGGUUAUCCGUCACCUGACAUGAAGAACUGGCAGCAAGGGGCCAUGGGCAACAACAGUUUGUUUAACCAGGCAGGCCAGCCUGUCUCUCAGAGCUUUGGGCAACAAGGCGUGUAUAACAACAUGAGCAUCACCGUCUCAAUGGCUGGAGGGUCAGGAGCGGUGAGCACACUACCUCCUAUUGGACCAUCUGUCGGCAUGGGCAACAAUAACCUUGGCAACGUCACUUCAAUGUGUAACGAUCAGGUACAGCAGGUUCAGGUGUUCGCUGAUGUCCAGUGCACGGUAAAUCUGGUGGGCAGUGACUCCUACCUUAACCAGUCGGGCCCCAUCGGGUCCCAGAAGGGCCCGAGCGGGAACCCCACAGCCCAGUCUCAGCAGAAGAGCCUCCUCCAGCAGCUCCUGACCGAGUGAGGUGCCCACCGUCUGCCAGAGGACUGUCUCCACAUGUAGAGAUUUUUAUUCUUCACCUUUGGUUUCUAUACAGUAUAUUUGCAGGGUCGGUGUCUGGGCCCAGGCUUGUGAGGUUUCAUAGCCGUUCGACAGUGCUCAUUCCUGGUCACCUUUUAAAACGUCUGUUUCCGGAAAGGAGAAAAGAUCACGUUCCAGAAAUUGCCAAGUCUGUAAAAAAAAAUUCAAAUAAAAUGGACCUGCUGCUUAAGCCGUCUACACGUCCUGUCAGUCAGGCCAACGUUGCAGUGCUUCUUGGAGAGCAGCGCAGCAGCUGAGCUCGGAUUGGUCGGAUUAGAAACUGGGGCAGGCUAUGUUGCUAUGUUCAUGGUAUAUUGCUCAGUUUCAGCUGGAUCUGUGACUGAUAGGCUCUCCUCAGCAGUGCCUGAUGAUGGGAGGAAUUUCCCAACACUUUUUAUUUGUUAGUCUGUUCUGUUUAUUGUCUUUUUUUUUUCGUUUCGGGUUCGUUUGUUUUUCUCUGUUGUCGUUUUCAGAACAAGCAUCGCCAGGAUGGGAGACAGCUCUGAAGUGCGUAUCCGUCUGCUGCAGGCUUUCCUGGCAACACUGUUUUUGAAACAGCAGACGUUUUUUAACAAUGUCCUACACAUUUCCCCCCCACAGCAGCUGUGAAUACGAGCCACUUAGGGUCAACUCAGCCUAUCAGUGUUGUUUGCGGCGACAUGUUGUGCAGGUUGGUAUUAUUGUACAGCAAAAACGGACAAAGUUGGGCCAAGCUCACACUUUGUAAUUUCCUUUAAAACCAAAACAUCAUCAAAUUACAGGCAACUCUUGUUUCGAAAGCAUUAACUUAACACCAGUUCCUUUUUAACGGCUUUGAGAAUCUGUAAUGUCACUUUUUUUUUUGUAAUCAUCCGGGGGCGGGUCUCGCGCGUUGUCAUGUAUCGAGAUGAGAGAGACUCACAUUUUUAUGAUUGUUAUCGGUUAUUAAACACCCCAGGAAAUGUUACAAACCCUCUGUUGCAAAAAUGUAGAUUGUACAUUGAUUUUCAUUAUACAGUUGAGUGUUUCAAGGUCACUCUUCAAAACCACAGGUGCUCUCUCCCGACUGGAGGAGCGAGGUGUUGUUUCGCGCAACGUCCGCACCGUCAUUUGACUGCUCAUGAGACUACUGUUGCCCAGUCAGACACUGUUCAUAAGAAUUAUCCUUUGUUAAUUUACCUACUUGUCAUCCCCAAUAGAUUCAAACCUAAACAUUCGCUAGUUUACGUGAAAUGUACUAAUGGAAAACCAAAUUCUUUUUAUAUAUCAAAUUGACAAGCCCACAAAAAUACUCGCUGUGGUCGAAAUUGAUGUCUCACCAUGUGAGCACAAGGUAUUUCACAAAUCGUGUGACAGAAUUGGAGCACAGCUCGAAAUCGUAUUUUCGUUCCCCUUUAAUUAACAGUGUUCUUUUGUUCGUGACUCACUUCGUGGAGUUUAAGUGCCGUGUCUUUGUGCGUGUGCUCUGUAUACAAAGAAUGGCUCUUUUUCGCCAAUGCUACACCAGCUUAGAUUGUCCUUACCGAAAAAAAAAAAGACAAAUUUCGUGAAGCAGAUUCUCAUUCAUCUACAGUAUGUACUGUUGAGAUCGAGCCACUUUUUACUAUGUACAUAGACAUUUACAAAAAGCGAGAUGAAUUGACAAAUACAUAACAUUUACACUAAGUCAGCCUGUGUUUAUUUUGUACGUUUUUGGCUCGCCGAGAAAAAACACAGAUGUCGUAAUUAUUCAUUUCUGCCCUCCUCUUUGGGGAGCAGGCAUUCCUGUAUAAAUACAAUGGUUUUUAUGCAGUGGAUAAGAUUAAUUUAAUGAACCCUACCUGUCAUCACUAACGUGUUUAUGCCAAAUAUACCAAACUAGCAAACAGCGCCUAUUAAUAAUGUUUUUAUCGUUUUGUUUCCUCGUUUAUAACGGCUCUCACAGUCAGAAGACAACAUCAAGGUACAAUAGAACUAUUCAGAACCUGGAUUAUCAAAGUAUUGUGUAUAUAACAGAUAAAUGUGAAUAUGUAUCUGUUCAGAAUCAACAAAAUGUAGUGCUCCGAGUUUGUGGUAAUAACUACUUGCUUCCAUUUUUGUUUCUUCUCUUUUUUGUUUUGUUUUUGAGAUGUGUAUGGCUGUCUGAAAGCGUGUGUAUGUGUGAUUAAUACUGUAUAUCUGGUGUUUAAAAUGGAAAAACAGACAAAUGUCCUGAUUUUGAUUUUCUUUUUUUUUCUUUCAAUCUAUUUUUUUGUUGUUGGAAUACCUGCAACUUUUCCUGUGGGUGUUGAGAUUGCUCUAUAUGUGAGAAUGGUUUAGCGACUGCUGAAUGUGACUUUGCUGAGGGAGAAGCAGCAUGGACUGGCUUUUGUACGGGUUAAUUUAAAAACAAAACAAAAAGGCCAUAUUAUUUAAUUUCUCUGUUGUCAAAGUUUAAACAGCUCUGACAAAGUGGAACCUUGGUUUGGGAACGGCACCGGCUUAUUCUUGUGGGUUUUCGUCAACUGCCUGAUGUAGUUUUUGCCAUGUUUAAACGCUCUGAAGACAAAAACGCAAAUAUGACCAAAGCUUCAAGAUACUAAAAGAUCCAUAUCAUAUGCAAAGUUCAUGCAAUUGGACAAAUGUAGCAUCGAGUAUAGGUGUCCCAUAAAACACUACCAUUUUGUCUUUACUUUUUGGACAUUAUUCCCCUAGCUGGUUUGAUUAUUUUCAAAGAUAUGUUCAGUAGCGAAUUUCUUCAGACGUUCCCCCAUUGCUACUGAUCUACCAAACAUGCAAAUGCCUCUUCGGGAGGAACUUUAGUUACUGUUUUCAGGAAGACAGAUUUCUAACCGCUAGCUAUGCACCUUUAGAGGUUAAAUGAAUAACAUUUGGAUUUUGUUUUAAAACUGACACUCAAAAUGGAUUAUUGCUUUAAAUGCAGUAUUCCAGCAACGCAUGCAAACAAAUAUCUCCUGUUUUUCCUCUAUUUUGUUUUUUAACUCAAGGAUAUACAUCAUUUGUAGUUCGAAACAAGUGGUUUUGAGCUACACAGGCUUAAAGCGAGAAAACCAUACUGAUGCAACUAUACUUAGAUAUUUGACUUUAUUUAGCUGGGUUCUUUAUACCAAAUUUGAGGUGCCUCUUGUACAUAUUUUCAGCAUAGAGGACUGCUCCUCGCCGUUUGUUGAACGUUUUCUUGUUUAUGAGGAUUUUCUUAUACUGACCUUUGUAAGACUUUUGCUGUAUUUUACAUGACGUUUUUUACUAAAAACCUAAUGUACCAGGAACUUGCAAGGAAUACAAUCUAGUUUUGCACUUUAUACAUGAAUUACAAGGAAAGAGGCCAUGUUUAAAUCAGACUAUAGCAUCACGUUUGGAAAAAAAAGAAGAAGAAAAAAGACGAAGACAAAAACAAAAACAAAUACCCCCUGAAUGUAUGUUCGCCAAGUGAAAUGCCAUUUCGCUUUCCUCUGAAAAACUAAAUCUAAACACAUCUCAGGUUCUUCAGGAAGAACUUGGCUUGUCGGGCCCUCACCAUUGAAUCCCUUAACGGAGCAGGGUAAUGGAGCCUUUGCUACAUGGGUGUUUUUUCUGCUGCAGAACCAUAGAUCUAACUAUGCCAAUCUUCUUCAGGUGCUCCACCUCCCCUUUGCCCCGUCCUGUUAGCCGACGCGCUCCUGGCUUUAUCUUUUGAAGACAUUCCUCAUCAAACUCAGCUUUUCCGGACUGUAUCAUAGUUCAGGCCCCGCACGCUCAGUGCCAAGUGCUACGAACCAUUUAUGCAAACUCGUACAAUCUGCAUUUCCUCAUAUCAUAGUAGAGAAUCCUACGUUUCGACCACCACACACUCUCCUCGUCAUUCAGAUGUCAUCUCUACAUGGUAUCAUCUACAGUAGCUACUGUUUACCUGUGAUUUUUUGCAUAUUGUAAGUGCUGCCUUAUUAAUAUACAGAUAUUAGUUGUAUUGGUGAAGGGAAGUCAUGUGUUUGUAGCUCCACUGAAACGGCGCUCGUUCUUUCAAGGCAAGGUUCCACUUUUCACCUGUAAAAUUAAUAUAAAUAAACAAAUAUAUAGAUAUAUACAUUUUACUCAUUUUGUCCAGUUUUGUAUAAUGCUUGUGAACUUUUUUUUUCUUCUUAAGAGGUAUCAUUGCAGCUGUGUGUGGGACAUUAUGAAUGAAGAUGUAUCUGGGAGACUUCUGCAUGUUUUGUCAUGUUUCUAUUUUGUUUUAUUUUUUUUGUUUUCUCUAUAUCCAGGUUUAUCUGGAGAAUCCUACCUUUCUUAGGACGUUGUAGACAAUCAGUCACAUGCUGGGUCCAGCACCUGCAGGAUUGUCCUGCGGGCUGCAAAACUGUGUUUCGCAUCUACUGAAUCAGUCUUAUUUUUCUUGUCCAUUUCAUGGAAUUAUGUGGCUGCUCAAACUGAGAUUUGAAGUUUACACACACACACACACACACACACACACACAUAUGCAUACACCUACACUCAGACAAACAAGAAACCUUCACUCACACCUCGUGCAUAUGGCCCCUUUGUUGCUUUUCCAAGGUGAAGAUACAUACCUUGAAGGAAAUUAUGCUUUGACUAACAAAUCUCUAUAACAUCCAUGAAUGUGAGAAUGCAACACAUUGCAAUAAAGCACCAUGUAAAAAAGGA